AUGAACCUGUCCUUCCUUCGAUUCCACGCCCUCGUGGCGGCGGCAUUGUUCGCAACCACCAUCCUAGCCGAGCAUACCAGCAACUGGGCCGUUCUCGUCUGCACAUCACGAUUCUGGUUCAACUACCGCCACCUUGCCAAUGUCCUCUCCAUGUACCGAACCGUAAAACGCCUCGGCAUCCCCGACUCCCAAAUCAUCCUGAUGCUCCCCGACGACAUGGCUUGCAACCCCCGCAACGCCUUCCCCGGAACCGUCUACAGCAACUCUGAUCGCGCCGUCGAUCUCUAUGGCGACAACAUCGAGGUUGACUAUCGUGGCUACGAGGUUACCGUCGAGAACUUUAUCCGUCUGUUGACCGAUCGCGUUGGCGCCGAGAUGCCACGAAGCAAGCGCCUUCUUACCGACGACCGGAGCAAUAUUUUGGUGUACAUGACUGGUCACGGCGGAAACGAGUUCCUCAAGUUCCAGGAUGCAGAGGAGAUUGGCGCGUUCGAUCUUGCCGACGCCUUCGAACAGAUGUGGGAGAAGAAGAGAUACCAUGAAAUUCUCUUCAUGAUCGACACCUGCCAGGCCAACACCAUGUACAGCAGGUUUUACUCUCCCAACAUCAUUGCUACCGGCUCAUCCGAGCUCGACCAAUCCUCAUACUCGCAUCACGCCGACAACGAUGUUGGCGUGGCCGUUAUCGAUAGAUAUACCUACUACAACCUAGAAUUCCUUGAGAACAACGUCAAGGACUUGAACAGCCAAAAGACCGUUGGCGAAUUGUUCGAUAGUUACGACUAUGACAAGAUCCAUUCGCACGCUGGUAUGCGCUACGAUCUAUUCCCCGGCGGUGCCGAGAACGCUCGCAGCCGUUUGAUCACCGACUUCUUCGGCAACAUUCAAAACGUCGAAGUCGACCGUGCUGGCAACCUGACCCUUGAGGAGGACUUGCUGGCCCUCAGCAAGAAGAUUGCCCUGUUGCGACAAAAGGAAGCAGAGCAAGCCAAGGAACCUUCGCAGGAAGGAUCUGCCAGUGCGGCCGCCAGCGCCCCGACGGAGGCUGCAAAGAGGGUCCAAAAGGCCAAGGCCUUGACAGAUGAUAACUGGUGGACAAAGAAGGUGGUUGGCGCAACAGCUCUUGCGGGCUGCGCUCUCCUCUGGGGCCUAGGGUCCUUCCUUGAGGGUUGA